CGCCCCUGCCGCGCGCUCUGGCAUGCGCUGUCCGGCCGGGCUGUGGCGGGGAAAUGGCGGCGCCGGAGGGCGGCUCUGCCGCGAUGCCCGCGGCUUGUCCCGCUCCGCCUGGUCCCUCGGCUCCCGGCUCCUGGAGCCGCUCCUUGGACCGAGCCCUGGAAGAAGCGGCGGUCAGCGGGACCCUCAGUUUGAGCGGCAGGAAGCUCCGGGACUAUCCGCGGGCCAGCGCCGCCAACCACGAUCUCAGCGACACCACCCAGGCUGACUUGUCACGGAACAGACUGUCGGAGCUUCCAGCAGAAGCCUGCCACUUUGUCUCCCUCGAGACUCUUAAUCUGUACCAGAACUGCAUUCGAUAUAUCCCAGAGGCUGUUUCGAACUUACAGUCACUAACAUUUCUAAAUAUCAGUCGAAACCAGCUUUCAACAUUGCCAGUACACCUCUGUAGGUUACCACUAAAAGUUUUGAUAGCAAGUAAUAAUAAGCUGGUUUCAAUACCUGAAGAAAUUGGACAGCUCAGACAGCUGACAGAACUUGAUGUGAGCUGUAAUGAGAUACAGACAAUACCUCCACAGAUUGGCAAUUUGGAGUCCUUGCGAGACCUAAAUGUCAGAAGAAAUAAUUUGGUGCGUUUACCUGAAGAGCUCGCUGAGUUGCCUUUGAUUCGAUUAGAUUUCUCGUGCAAUAAAAUAACAACAAUACCAGUUUGUUAUAGGAACCUCAGACAUCUUCAGACCAUCAUGUUAGAAAACAACCCUCUCCAGUCCCCCCCUGCACAGAUAUGUAUAAAAGGAAAAAUUCAUAUAUUUAAAUACCUGAACAUAGAAGCAUGCAAGAUAGCUCCAGACUUGCCUGAUUAUGAUAGGAGACCCAUGGGAUUUGGAUCAUGCCAUGAGGAGCUCUAUUCCAGUCGUCCAUAUGGAGCACUCGAUUCUGGCUUCAAUAGUGUGGACAGCGGAGACAAAAGAUGGUCAGGGAAUGAACCAACAGAUGAGUUCUCAGAUCUCCCAUUACGGGUGGCAGAGUUCACCAAAGAGCAGAGACUGAGAAGAGAGAGUCAGUACCAAGAAAACAGAGGGAGUGCAGUUGUAAUUAAUGGUGGAGUGGAACACGAUCUCGAUCAGAUCGACUACAUUGACAGCUGUGCCACGGAGGAGGAGGAGGAGGAGGUGAGGCAGCCCAAGUGCCAGGACUCAGACAGCCUCAGCUCCCAGUUCAUGGCGUACAUCGACCAGCGGCGCAUCUCCAACGAGAGCUCACCAGUAAAGCCUGUAUCCAUCAGAGAAUUUCAGAGAACGGAGGAUACAAGACGACAUUUACAUCAAAACAGGGAUACAGAUGAAUUACGAAGACCUGAAACUCUAAAUUUGAUGCAGGACAGAGAGCAUCAAGUACUAAGGAGUUAUGUGGACAGGACAGAGAGACCCCUGCCUGAUUCACCUUAUUUUCUCUCGCUAUCAAGUCACCACACCCAGGCGCCCAGCGCAGACUCCGAGCUGCACCGCCGGCACAUCGAGCGCACCCGCCGGGAGGCCCAGCUGGCAGCCCUCCAGUACGAGGAGGAGAGGAUGAGGACUAAGCAGAUUCAGAGAGAAGCUGUCCUUGACUUUGUUAAGCAAAAAGCCUCCUUAAGUCCUCAGAAACAAAGUCCAAUGGAUAGUGAGUGUCCCUUUCCAUCCAGAAGGUCUCAGCAUACUGAUGAUAGUGCCUUGUUAGUGAAUGGCUUUGAGCCUCUCUCUGUGUUUGAGAUUGACAAUAACACCAAUACCAUUAAAAGGAGGCCAGGCACUCGCAAGCAGUCACUCUCAGGGUUGAACCAAGAAAGCUGUGCUACUACCCUGCCUAGUGCCUCUGCCUUCAGUCCUGUCAAGAGUGAUGACAGAUCUACCAUCUCCCCUGGCUCACCUACCGCUCAGACAGUCCACCUUUCCCCUCCAUAUCCUGGCCAUGCAGCCCCGCCUUCCUAUAGAAACCCUUCCCAGCGACCUGAGAGUUUCCUUUUCCGAACAGCUGUCAGGGAUGGAGCCAAGAAAGCUGUUGCUUCAUCCUCUACCUGUGCCUUGUCUCCUGCUAAUGAUUCUGCAGACCCUCGAGUGAGACAAAACUCCAAGCAGCGGGAGGAGGAGCUGGAGCUGAUUGAGCAGCUACGCAAGAACAUCGAGUCGCGGUUGAAGGUGUCACUGCCCAGCGACCUCGGCGCGGCUCUCACCGACGGCGUCGUCCUGUGCCACCUGGCCAACCACGUGCGGCCCCGCUCUGUCCCCAGCAUCCACGUGCCCUCACCUGCUGUUCCUAAACUUACUAUGGCAAAAUGCAGACGAAACGUGGAGAAUUUCUUGGAAGCUUGCAGAAGGAUUGGAGUGCCUCAGGAGCAAUUAUGUUUGCCUCUGCAUAUUUUAGAAGAGAAGGGUUUGACACAGGUAGCUGUGACUGUCCAGGCGCUCCUGGAGCUGGCACCCCCAAAGCAGCAGCCACUUCACCACUUGUCUGCUGUGUAAAGACCUCCGGGACCUUUUGGGUUACCUUGGCUAAGAGAAGGACCUGAAGACUUUACUGCCCAUGCAGUGCAUCCAAACACACAGAGCUCUGUUCUAAGGAAAUGAGUUUCCGUGAUUCCUGACAGGAAUGUUUUCUUCAUUUCUCCAUUUUUUGGAGAUCACAACAGUUUCCAGGAACAUUUUUAUUACCAAUAUUUUUGCCCCUUAUUUAAAAAAAUGAGAAUUCAUUGGGAGGAGGGCAGGGAAUUCUAGUGGCUGGCUGUUGGAGCCAGCUGUAGAAAUGGACCUUGCAGGAUGAAGAAAUGGGUUUAGAGUCUGGAAAGCAAUUCCUAGGUCAAUUUGUAAAAAAUAAAAAAAAGGGUGUUGCUGCAGUGGGCACACAGGGAAUCGAAUUACUUUCCUUACCCACGGGGUGCAAAGAAAUGGAGUUUCUUUGCCUCCAAAGAAUGGCUAUUUCUAUUACAAUAUUUUUUAAAUUGCAUCACACAAUCUUAACCUGCAGUGUUUGAUAACAGGGUCGAACUUCACACAGCUGUCCCUUGCCUUGUCAGGUCCUCAUCACUAAAAGUUGAAGAAAAAAAAACCCACUUUUUUUUCCCCCCAAUGGAAAAAUUACUGCAUGUUUUCUCUGCCAGAAACACUUUAGUAAAAGAUACUAAGUCAGAUCUGUUCAAAUGGGAUUAAUCCCAUCAGUAUUCUUGCUGGGUUCACUUUCUGUUUGGGUAUUAACAUGUCUUUAUCUGAAUACUUUUCUAACAGCAGUGGAGGGAUAUUGCCCGUCCUCACAUCCCCUGCUGGUGGUUUUGUGGGAUCACCAGAAUCCUGUGCAUCUCCCUGCAGUGGGACCAGUGCCAGCCUGCCCUGCUGGUCGUUAGAAGUCCUCCCAGCUAACACAUUUGUGAGGGGCUGAAGCAUCCCCUGCAGGCACAGAACGGAUCACGUUGAGAGCACGGUUCUCAAGUUCCCCAGGCGGGCUGGGUGUUGGCAGAGCAGCACCUGUGCUAAGGCAGCUCUGAAGGUUAGAGAAGGCUUUCAGUAAUGCCCUUUAUUAGUUGGAGUUUAUGUAGACAGAUGUGCUGGUUUUACAGAACUGCUCUUGAUUCCUCUUCCCAUAACGUAAUAAUGGGAAUUCACAGUACAGAAGUGGGAGAGGCAGCUGACAAAUUUUGCAUUUUCCUGGAAAGCUGAUGUGCAAAAUAAAGACAGGUCUGUAUGCUCUGGUCCUACUGACAAGGCCAAGCUUGCUACCAGAUCAGUUACCAAUUCUUUUUUUUUUCUCCUGCACAAAAAGGCCUCACAGAAUCCAGUUUCCACCCAUGUGGUUCCUUUGUUGAGUGUUGCCCAAUUCAAAGCAUCCCUGAACAUUGUGCUACUAAUAGAUGGUACAUGUUCUGAAAGCAACUCCAGGCAUCAGCCAUAUUCUGUCUGGGAUAUAUUUGAAGCAGAAUACACUGAGAGGAUUUUAUGCAGAUAAAGGAAGAAGAAAUGGGAACAAAUUACCUAAAAGUCAUUUUUGCAGAAGUAAAACCUGCUGUGGGAGUGCCAAGGACUGGUCUUAGCUGUAUUUUCCCCCUUUUGAUUUGCAGUUUUGUUUCCUUUUUUUUUUUUUUUUUUCUUUUUUUCUUCAUGUAUUUCUUUCAAGGGCCAUUGUGGUGAUUGUGGAAUCCCCUAUUUCUCAUAAUUAUUCCAGUUGCUUCUUAUUUGCAUUGGUUGGUCACAUUUCAAGUGAAGAACACCUGGGAGGUGUUUAAGAGUGCCCAGCUGCAAAGCGAAACCUCCUCAUGCUGGGCAAAUGCAGUGCCCUGAGCCCUGCAGGGAAUGGAGGUGCCAGGAACUCCAGUACCCACAGGAAGAGCAGCUCUCUCUGCAGGCAUUCUCACCCCCUUACGUAGUUUUUGUGUUUCACUUGAUGCCAUUGGUGAGGAGCAUUGGUCAUUCCCACGGGGUUACACAGAGCUGUCUGAAGUGUCUGCUGCAGUUUGCCAGGGGGAAGAUGCUGCCACUCACAGGCAACAGAGACAGGGUGUUCCUGGUGUGUUUGUCUGCACGUCAUUUGAGAGAGAGGGAGGCACUGACUUCAUCUUGGUGUCCAACAUGAGGUCACCUGUUGUUACAGGGACAGUUGCAUUUACCAGCACACCCAUCAUGGGCUAUUUAAAUACCCCUGUUUGAAGAAAACCAUUCCCUUCAUGGAGUUGUGAGGGUGUGGUGCUUGCUCCAGCACUUAAGGAAAAUUAAACUUAAUAGUAUUCAGGUUGGUGGGAAUUUUGUCAUUUAAUUAACAGUAGUUUUUAAUGGGGUGGGGGCUUGAGUCUGGCCUGCAAGAAAGAGCCAUUUCUAUUGCCAUGUGUGGCUCACAACCUGAGUAGCUCAUGGCCACCUGUGGCUGGAGGCCAGGCAGGCAAAAGGUCCCUGGCACCAGGUACUUUGUUGUGAGCAACAUUCACUCUGGAAUUUCAGUGCAGGUAAUUGUGUUAGUUUGACAUUUGUAAUCUUAGGUUUUCAGGCUGGCAAGCACUAAAUCUUGUCCAGAUGCUUAGGACAAAAAUCCAAACCUGAAGUUUCAUCAUGCGGUUUAUUUAAUGGUUUAUUUACCAAACCCACUUCAGUUCUCUCUUGCAAAAUGGGUUGGGAUUUUUCAGUGUAGUUAUGUGCAAUUUUUGUUGUAUCUCAUGAAGAGUAUUUGAAAGAAAACACGUAUAAAGUUCUAUUCUGUGUGUUAACGCAAAGAAGAGAUGCUCUUUCCUCUUCAGGGCAUUUGUGCUGGAGGAUGUGGGAAAGAUCCACCUCAGUGCUCCAUGCUGCCGGCGUUCCUACCUGACUCCAUGGUGUCACACUCCAUCCCCAAACCUGGCGAGCCCUGAGCAGUGUCUGAGGCUCUGCCAGGUCACACACUCCAGGUGGAGCAGCCCAGGCACUCGGGAGCCCCUAAUGGCACUGGGGGUUCCCCUUUGCAGGAGAGGCUUUUGUGAAGGCCCUGUUCCCUGCUUAAAUCCACCAGGGACAGCUCUUCACAGUGCCAGGGCACCUCUGUUGUUCUUGGUAGCAGCAGGAUGGCAAAUGGUAUUCUUAUCCCUUUAUGACUAUAAAUGGUUCUUUGAAAAACUGUUUUAGAAAGAGAGGACUUGUAAGGUGAUUUUGGACAUUGUGAUGUUCUACAAAGUGAUCUAAUUUUGUUAUUUCUGAAAACAGUGUAAACGUGUAAGUAAUAGAGUAAAGGAUUUUAAAGCUUCAUCCCAUACUGUAUGUCUGUAAAUACAUUCCAUAAUUUCUGUUACAUAUAAAUGUGUCUGAAUAUUGUAUAUUUUAAAUGGCCUGUAUUCUGCCAGUAGUGUGAACUUCUAGCACAUUGAUAAUAUAAAAGGAAACCAUGGGUAUUUGAAAUAAAGUUCUAAAAC